AUGCCACUUCCCACACGAUCAUUUACUCGUCUCAUAAAUUCAACAGUUCGACCAAAUCAUCUCGUUGGUUUACAAUCCAAAUGUUAUUCAUCGACACAAGCAACUGAUCUAAAGGAAGUAUUACGUGAUCUUAUUCCAAAAGAACAAAAACGUGUAGCUGCAUUUAAAUCUCAACAUAAAGAUGUACCAAUUGGUCAAGUAACUGUUGAUAUGAUUUAUGGUGGUAUGCGUGGCAUCAAAGGUCUUGUUUAUGAAACAUCAGUAUUAGAUGCAAAUGAAGGUAUUCGUUUUCGUGGUAAAACAAUAACAGAAUGUCAAGCUGAAUUACCAAAAGCAAAAGGUGGUGAUGAACCAUUACCUGAAGGUCUUUUCUGGCUUUUAGCUACAUCCCAAGUACCAACUCAACAACAAGUUGACUGGGUUACAAAAGAAUGGAAUAAUCGUGCUGAUAUUCCUCAACAUGUUGUAACAAUGUUAAAUAAUUUUCCAGCACAACUUCAUCCAAUGUCACAAUUUAGUGCUGCUAUUACUGUUCUUAAUCUUGGCUCAAAAUUUGCUAGAGCUUAUUCGGAUAAUGUACCAAAAUCAAAAUAUUGGGAAUAUGUUUACGAAGAUUCAAUGGAUUUAAUUGCUAAAUUACCAACAAUUGCUUCUAUUAUUUAUCGAAAUUUAUAUCGUGAUGGAUCAGCUAUUGGUGCUAUUGAUUCAAAAAAAGAUUGGUCAUGGAAUUUUGCCACUAUGUUAGGUUAUGAUAAUAAGCAAUUUGUCGAAUUACUUCGUCUUUAUUUAACAAUUCACAGUGAUCAUGAAGGUGGUAAUGUUAGUGCUCACACAAGUCAUCUUGUUGGUAGUGCACUUUCUGAUCCAUAUUUAUCAGUUGCUGCAGCUAUGAAUGGUCUUGCUGGACCACUUCAUGGUCUUGCAAAUCAAGAAGUUCUAAUUUGGAUAACAAAAUUAGUUGAAAAAAUAGGUGAAACACCAAGUGAUGAACAAAUCAAACAAUAUGUUCAUGAGACACUUAAAACAAGUGUUGUACCCGGUUUUGGACAUGCUGUUUUACGUAAAACUGAUCCACGUUAUACAUGUCAACGAGAUUUUGCACUUAAACAUUUGCCAAAUGAUAAUAUGUUUAAAAUUGUUUCACAACUUUAUAAAGUUGUACCACAGUUACUCGGUGAACUUGGUAAAGUUAAAAAUCCCUGGCCAAAUGUUGAUGCACAUUCCGGUGUUCUUCUUCAACAUUAUGGUAUGAAAGAAAUGAAUUUUUAUACUGUUUUAUUUGGUGUUUCACGUGCACUUGGUGUUCUUUCUCAAAUGAUAUGGUCACGAGCAUUAGGAUUUCCAUUAGAACGACCUAAAUCAAUGUCGACCGAUGGUCUGAUGGCUUUAGUAGCUGCUACCGGUGAUAAACAAAAAUCUAAGGCAGCUUAA